AUGGGUGGCGGACCAAACUACCCCAUCCGCCGCGUCGGACAUCCAGAACAACAAGGAGAACGCCGCGCUGGAAACCCCGUAUUCCCAGGCUGGUACGCCGAUCCCGAUGCGCGCAUCUUCGAAGGCCAAUAUUGGAUCUAUCCGAGCGUCUCAGCUGCAUACGAAGACCAGACGUACUUUGACGCUUUUUCUUCAUACGAUCUGACAUCCUGGAAGAAACACUCGCGGAUUCUCGACUUUGCGAAUAUCCCAUGGUCGACGAACCGCGCGGCGUGGGCUCCUACCGUCGCGUAUAAGAACGGAGCUUACUAUAUGUAUUUCUCGGCUGGAGAUGGGGCGGGGAUCGGAGUAGCCAAGUCAGUGACUGGGCCUGGGGGACCGUUUGUGGAUGUUCUGGGAAAACCGUUGAUUCCUGAUGUGAAAUUUGGUGCGGAGCCUAUUGAUCCGGAUAUCUUUAUUGAUGAUGACGGGAGGAAUUAUUUGUAUUAUGGAGGCUGGAGUCAUGGGGUUGUGGUGGAGUUGGAGGAUGAUAUGAUUACGACAAAGGGGGAGUUUAAAGAGAUUACGCCACCUGAUUAUGUGGAGGCGCCGUUUAUGGUGAAGAAAAAUGGGGUUUAUUACUACAUGUAUAGUGUUGGCGGAUGGGGUGACGAUUCCUACGGCGUCAGCUACGUGACGGGAACCUCGCCCAAGGGUCCUUUUUCCACUACGGCGACGAAGAUUCUCACCGGUAACAACUCGGUUGGGACGGGAGCUGGAAGUCACAGUGUCUUCCGUGUCGGUCAUGAUUAUUAUAUCUCCUAUCAUCGCCGGUAUCUCAAUGACACCGCUCGAGAUCAUCGCGUGGUCUGCAUCGAUCGUAUGUAUUUCAACGAGAAGGGUGAGAUCGAGCCAGUGAUCCUCACGAUAGAGGGUGUGGCUGCCAGGCCGCUUUUAUAG